CACUUUUACACCCUUUAAAAAUCCUCUCUUUGCUUUCACAAAUUCCUCUCAUUCUCACCACAUCCCUCUACAAUGGCUAACGUGGUGGAAUUGAAGGUCGGUUUACAUUGUGAAGAAUGCAUCAAGAAGAUCUUAAAAACCAUCAAGAAAUUCGAAGAUAUUGAAGCGUAUGAUGUUGAUACGAAAUUGAACAAGGUCACUGUUACAGGGAAUGUAACGAAUGAAGAAGUGAUCAAAGCUUUACAUAAGAUUGGUAAACAAGCAACCAAUUGGGAACAAUUUCAAACAUCAACUACUAAUUAAUUAAUCGAGCUUAAUUUAAUGCUUUACUAUAGCCUAAUAUUUAAGUUAGUUGAGAGAGAGAGAGAGAGAGAGAGAGAGAGAGAUUUGGUCUGGUUUUGUAACUAUUGAUUAUUUAUGACUCAUUUGUCAAAGUUUUUGAUUCGAGUACAACCCACAAUGUAAUAUAUUCGUUUUAGAAUAUUGUUAUAAGAAUUGCUUUUUAAACCAA